UUCAGACUGCAGAAUGGCACCAUCACCUUGACAGACUGACUGAUGUUGCUAUUACAUCCAUCUGAAUAAAAAGUGUGUAUUAGAUACGUUUGUGCUCUUAAACCAAUUCAUACAGAAAAGUCUGUUUCGUUGUUCAGCAUGGAGCUACCUGUAUUCUCUGACGGUGUUCACCUUGCUGCAUACAGACCCAGUCUCACUCUUCCAGUAACCAAUGGGAAGCAAACACCUGGAGUUUUUGAUGAGUCUGGUUACUAUCAGUGUUAUGGUGAAAGAAGCAGUGUAGCUUCCAAGGGAUCCAUACAAACUGGCUAUGAGACUCUGGAUGCCCCACCUCACUACGACUUCUAUGCCAACACUGAGGUGUGGGGCCGGCAGAGGCGCUUCAGACCAUCUCUGUUCCAGCUGCAUGCAAACUUUGAGAAUGACACCAAACCACCAAUGUAUGAGGAGACAACAGGAGGACAGAUGGAAGGAAGAAACAGCUCUGAGGAAGAUGAGCAGGAGCAGAAGGAGACACCACCUGAACCUACUCGCUUUGGCUGGAUCCAAGGAGUUAUGAUCCGAUGCAUGUUAAAUAUCUGGGGGGUGAUUUUGUACCUCAGACUGCCUUGGAUCACAGCUCAGGCUGGUGUAGGUCUGACCUGGGUGAUUAUCCUACUGUCUUCUUGUAUAACUGGUAUCACUGGUCUCUCAACCUCGGCUAUCGCUACCAACGGAAAGGUCAAAGGAGGUGGGACCUACUUCCUGAUCAGCCGUAGCCUUGGUCCAGAGCUUGGUGGGUCCAUCGGUCUGAUUUUUGCUUUUGCCAAUGCUGUAGCUGUUGCCAUGCACACUGUGGGCUUUGCUGAGACCGUGGUUGACCUCAUGAAAGAACAUGGAGCUUCCAUUGUGGACCGAACCAAUGACAUCCGCAUCAUUGGCAUCAUCACUGUCACAUGCCUGCUUGGCAUCUCAAUGGCCGGCAUGGCAUGGGAGUCAAAGGCUCAGGUUCUGUUUUUUCUGGUCAUCAUGGUGUCCUUUGCCAGUUACAUAGUUGGGACAAUCAUUCCAGCCUCACCAGGGAAACAAGCCAAAGGUUUCUUUAACUACAAAGCUGACAUCUUUACUACCAACUUUGUGCCCGACUGGCGAGGGCAAGAGGGCAGCUUCUUUGGUAUGUUCUCCAUCUUCUUUCCAUCUGCCACAGGCAUUCUGGCAGGAGCUAACAUCUCUGGAGACCUGAAAAAUCCAGCUGUGGCCAUUCCCAAAGGAACACUAACAGCAAUUUUCUGGACCACCAUCUCCUACCUGAUCAUCACUGCCACCAUUGCAUCUUGUGUAGUGCGGGAUGCCUCUGGCCUGUUAAAUGACACCCUGGCAUCCAACAAGAACUGCGUGGGUAUAGCUUGUCAGUAUGGAUGGAACUUCGAUGAGUGUAUCCGCAACAACACAUGUAUCUACGGCAUCAGUAACUACUAUCAGUCCAUGAGCUUGGUGUCAGCCUUCGCUCCUCUAAUCACUGCUGGGAUAUUUGGAGCAACACUGUCCUCUGCUCUAGCCUGUCUGGUGUCUGCUCCCAAAGUAUUCCAGUGUUUAUGCAAAGACAAACUCUACCCUCUAAUCGGCUUCUUUGGAAAAGGUUAUGGAAAGAAUGAUGAACCACUCAGAAGCUACCUGCUGGCAUACAUCAUUGCUGUCUGCUUCAUUCUCAUUGCCGAGCUGAACACCAUCGCUCCCAUCAUCUCCAACUUCUUCCUUUGCUCCUACUCUCUGAUCAACUUCAGCUGCUUUCAUGCCUCCAUCACCAACUCACCAGGUUGGCGCCCCUCGUUCAGGUUCUACAGUAAGUGGCUGUCAUUACUGGGAACUGCCUGCUGUGUGGUCAUCAUGUUCCUGCUGAAUUGGUGGGCAGCCCUCAUUGCCUUUGGCAUUGUCUUCCUUCUUUUGGGAUACACACUGUACAAGAAGCCUGAUGUAAACUGGGGCUCUUCAGUGCAGGCCAGCUCCUACAACAUCGCUCUGUCCCAGUGUGUUGGCCUCAACCAUGUGGAGGACCAUGUCAAGAAUUACAGGCCUCAGUGUUUGGUGCUAACAGGUCCUCCCUGCAGCCGGCCAGCCCUGGUGGAUCUUGUCUCCUGUUUCACAAAGAGUCUCAGUCUCAUGAUGUGUGGCAACGUCAUCACAGCUGAUCCCUCUACAUCAGCAGUGGACAAUGCCAGCAGUGACGGUCAUGUAGCCUGGUUAAACCAAAGGAAGGUAAAAUCCUUCUACAGAGGUGUGGUGGCCGCAGAGCUACGAGCUGGAGUCAACAUGCUGUUACAGGGGGCAGGUUUGGGUCGUAUAAAGCCAAAUGUGCUGCUGAUGGGUUUUAAGAAAGACUGGAGCAGUGACACACCUCAGGCAGCACACAACUACAUAGGAAUACUUCAUGAUGCAUUUGACCUUCAGUACAGCGUGUGUGUGCUGAGAAUGAGAGAAGGACCGGAUGUGCCUCAUCCAUCUGAAUCACAUGUAAAUCCAGUCUUUGAUGCGGUACCAGAGAGCAUAAAUACCAUCUCUACCUCUCCCUGUGCUCAAACAAGCUCAACAUCUUCUAUUUCCAUUGAAGGGAAGCCUCAGCCCAGCACCGUGUUCCAGAAAAAACAAGAAAAGAAGACCAUUGAUGUGUACUGGCUGUCUGAUGAUGGAGGUCUGACCCUACUGCUGCCCUAUCUCUUGACUCGGAGGAAGCGCUGGGCGGCAUGUAAAGUUCGAGUGUUUGUGGGAGGAGAUUCAGACCAGAAGGAUAAACAAAGAGAGGAGGUGCUGGCCCUGAUCAAGAAAUUCCGUCUUGGUUUCCACGAUGUUGAAGUGCUUCCUGACAUCUACAAGAACCCUCAGUCGAGGAACAUCCAUCUGUUUGAGAAUAUGGUGAGUCGCUUUAGGCUGAAUACGGAGCUCAAACAGGACUCUGACUCAGCGACACACAAGCAGCAAGAGCAGCCGUGGAUUAUCACUGACGAGGAUAUAGAGAGGAACAAUGCCAAGUCUCUCCGUCAGAUUCGCCUGAAUGAGGUUGUGCAGGAUUACUCCAGUGAAGCUGCUCUGAUUGUUAUCACCAUGCCUGUUGGAAGAAGAGGAGUGUGUCCCAGUACUCUCUAUCUGGCUUGGCUUGACUUCUUGUCACAUGACUUGAGACCACCAGUCUUAUUGGUCAGAGGAAACCAGGAAAAUGUCCUCACCUUCUACUGCCAAUGAGAUGUCUCCUUUAGAUCAUAGUACAUGAAAAGAACAGAUUACUUAUUAACAUCCUGGCACUUUCAUCUUGAUUUACAAAUCAAUGUCUCUGUGACUGUUAGUUAUUUUCUAAUUCUGUGAUGAAUGUAUGAUUCCUGUAAGUACUUUUAAUCUCAAAUUCAGUAUCUAAUAAAUCAUCAAUCACUGAAGUAAAUAAUUUCAAGGAAAAUAUUUCAUAAAAUAAGCUUUGAUUAAUUAACACUAUUUAUUUCGACAAUUUGUAAUAAUGCAGCAAUGUGUUUCCCUUCCGAAAAACAACAAAAUUAACUAUUUUACAUUAAGCUAACAGCUUUAAAAUAAAAAAAAUAGGAUUAGGGCCCAUUCAAUGUUAGAAGUCUUAGAAAAAGUCAUAAUUCAUCAGAUCACAUUAGGAGUUCUUAAGAUAAAAGUCAGAAUGCUUAAGAACAAAGUGAGAAUUCUGAGAUCAAAGUCAGAUUUUUGAGAUCAAAGUCAGAAUUCUGAGAUCAAAGUCAGAGUUUUGAGAUCAGAGUCAGAAUUCUGAGAUUAGUCAGAAUUCUAAAGAUCAAAGUCAGAAUUUUGAGUUCAAAGUCAGAAUGCUUUCAAACAAAGUGAAAAUUCAGAGAUCAACGUCAGAGUUUUGAGAUACAAGUCAGAAUUCUGAGAUGUUAGUCAGAAGUCUGAGAAAAGAGUCAAAAUUAGAAUUGAAAAAAAAAGGUCAGACCAUAUGGGGAAAAUUUGCCAGUGGCCCUUAUUGUUUUCAAAAUCAAUUUCAUUGUGUUCAGUCUGGAAAAAGACAGAAUGGUUGUUCUUUGUUACCAUUGGGCCAUUGGAACAUGUGCUUGCACUCUGUGACUGUAGCUACAGUAAUGAGUGGCUUGGGUUCAAUAUGAUUAUUUUCUUAUGCAAAAUAACUGUCUAAAUUACCACCUGAUGAAAACCAGUAGGUCCGAACAUUGUAGCUUUAAAAACUUCUUGUGGCAUUGAGUAAGUGUGCAGACUUAUCUUCUUAUCCUGCCGGUGUGUUUUUGAUUUGAUACACACCUCAUAUGUGAUGUGCAUGUAACUACUUCUUUUUCAAAAUAAAAGACUCAAACAUGA